UGGUCUGCGGCUGCGCGUAAAGAAUGCCACGUACUGGUUGACGCUGACAGUUUGGAGGAUUCUUCCUGAUGCUGGUACCUAGUUAGGAUAGCUAAUAUUUGUCCACGGUUUUGGAAAAACCUGUGAAGUACAGCGCGGUCAAGUCGUCUGAUUAAGGUGAAAGACUUUCUUGGGGCUGUGGGAGCUGGACAGGUCGGACGGUACCAUGAAUGGCCAGCUGGACCUGAGCGGGAAGCUGAUCAUCAAAGCCCAGCUGGGCGACGACAUCAGACGCAUCCCUAUCCACAAUGAAGACAUAACUUAUGAUGAGCUAGUACUGAUGAUGCAACGUGUCUUCAGGGGCAAACUGCAGAGUAACGACGAGGUUACAAUCAAAUACAAGGAUGAAGAUGAUGACCUCAUCACCAUCUUCGACAGUUCUGACCUCUCCUUUGCCAUCCAGUGCAGUAGAAUACUCAAACUAACUUUAUUUGUGAAUGGUCAGCCACGGCCUUUGGAGUCCAGUCAGGUGAAGUACCUGCGCAGGGAGCUCAUUGAGCUCAGGAAUAAAGUCAACAACCUCCUUGAUAGCCUGGAGCCCCCCACAGAGCCUGGUCUGGCUGCUACAGCACCUGACAGUGAAUCAGUGGAUGGGCGUGAAAGCAAAGUUGUGGCAACGGACCCCACAGUGAAACAGGCCACACCAGUCAGUGCAGCCAGCAUGUCAGCCUUCGACCCAUUAAAAAACCAGGAUGAGGUCAACAAGAAUGUCAUCUCUGCUUUCGGCCUGAGUGAGGACCAGACCCAAGCUCCGCCAGUGGUUGCACAAGAGGAGCGCUCAGGGACCCCUGAUAGCAUCACCUCCUCCUCAUCUGCAGCCCCUCAACCAGGAGUGCCUCCCCAACAACAGGCUCCAUAUGCUGGAGUACAGCAGGGACCCCCAGCUGGCAUGGAUGGUCAGGUGUACCAGCAGUACCAGACUCCAGGUGCAUACCCACCUCAGCAACCAGCUGCCCCACCACAGCAGCAGUAUGGCAUGCAGUACCCUGCAGGAUACACCUCUCAGCCUGGAGCCCCUCAGCCUGGCCCACCACAGCAGCAGCAGCAGUUUCAGAACUAUACUCCUCCAUCUUCCCAGGCUCCAGCCCCAGGUCCAGCUCAAGCCCCGGGCUUCCAGGGUGGCCAGCAACAGCCCCAUCCACCUCAGGGAGCCCAGCAGUAUCCACCAGGAGCCUUUGCUCCCCAAACCUAUACCUCCCAGGCCUCCCAGCCUGUCAACUACAACCUGCCGCCCAGCUCCCAGCCUGGUUCAGCGUACCAGCCCCGCCCAGGAUACACCCCACCUUCAGGCACCACUGUCACCCCUCCACCAGGAGCUGCUAACCCGUAUGCCCGCAACCGCCCCCACUAUGGUCAGGGCUACACUCAGGCGGGCCCUGGAUAUCGGUAAAAAACAAACAAAAAAGAGGAUAGUGGAUGUUACUGAUCCUCACACACCUGCAUACCUGUACCUUAUAUGUGGCUCCAGCUGUUUGGAGCUGGUGCAGGAAACAUGGUUUACUGCUCUGCAGCCCCGUCCCCUCAUACAAAUAUCAGUCUGAAGCAACCACCCACCCCUAGUCUGAUGGUGUUUAUAUGCUGUCUCCAACACAUCACUCUGUUCUGGCCCUGCUGUAGGUUUCCCUUGUAUUAAUUUACUUCUCUUCUCCUGUGUGCUCUGCUUCUUGUGUCCGUCAUUGUGAACAGUUUGCACAAACUGUUUAUCAUGGUAGCUCAUCAUUUUGCAUUUGUCACAUGACAAACAUCUCAGCCGACUGUGUUGAGUUUACCGUGCAUAGAUGCAUUUAAAAGACACUAUCCAAAUGAAAAGUUACCCCUAUGUCGUUUUUGUACUUGAUCAGUUUCAUCACCAUGUUGGUAUUAAUGUCGAUAAACUGCCCCAUGUUGGGAACACUAGCUGGUGUAGUUCUGUCAUGAAGGUUUCUUCUGUUUAUUUAAUCACAUCCAGUUAAAGGAUAAGACCAGUCAUAAUCUAUAUUAACAGUAUUUAACACUCCUCAUACAGAGACUGAAACAAAAUGUUUUGCCUCUGCAUUCAUUUGUCUGCCCUAGGGACCUCCACCGUUGUUCAAAAUGAUUAAAAGCACAGUGAAACACACCACUGCACUAAUUGACAUUUCUUCAUUAUGAAACAUGAGACCCACAUUUUUAUUUUAAUGUUGCUCUAAAGACUCGAAGCAAGAGUCAAGGACCCAUGCACAGGAUCUUUGGAUAUUCUUCGGGUCUGGUGUUUCGUAAUGAGGAACUGUCACACAGUGCAGUGGUGUCUUUCUCCGAUGGUUUUUGAACAAUGUAGGUCUAUGGCCCAGAUGAAUAAGAUAAUCCAGGACUUAAGUACUGACUGACAUCAACAGGGAGUAGAGACAAUUCAUUGUUGGUUCUAGUCUCUGAAUGGGGAGAGUUAAAAAUACUGUUAAAUGAUGCACCUAACCUUUUAAUCUUGCUAAUCCUCUGUCACUGGGUUUUACUAAUAUCAAAUUAAAGUCCACCUCAAAGUGAGUUUAGUUGUGUAUGUAAAAACUAACUUUUUGUUGAACUUAAUAAAAUGAUCAGGACCCAGCUGGAA